GUAAUCAACUUACUAAUUUAAUUUUACCCAAUGAUUGCUCUGGUCUUACUAAAUUAGAUUGUAGCAAUAACCAGUUAAUCAAACUUAGUUUAGCAGUUCUUAAUAAAGAAACCUUGAAAGAGUUAGAUAUUAGCAACAAUAAUUUCUCCCCUUCCGUUCUCUCCAUAUUUACCCCUUUUACUAAUUUAGAAAUUCUAAAAAUAGGCAACGAUAAUACUAAGAAAAUAAAACAAAAUAUUUAUAAUCGCUUUCAAGGUAGUCUAGAGCCUUUAAGAAAUCUCAUUAAAUUAAGAGAACUUCAUAUCUCCAAUACCGACCUAAAUGAAGUAAAUAUCGAGCAAUUACCCCAAAGUUUAGAGAAAAUUGAAUACUCUACUGAUAAAAGACCUGAUUGUAAGUUAAAACAAAUUGCUACUCAAUUAAGUAAGUACCAAAAAUUUUCAACUAAAUAUCCGGCUGCCAAAGCAGACCAAACUAAAGUCAUUGACUUCUCGCCAAAGUCUAACCUAAAAAAGAUAAGUCAACAAUCAGUCAAGAAUAUUACCUUAGAAACAGAAAAACCUCAACUAAGUUAUUCAACCAAAAAAAAUAAUGAAGAAUUAUUAAAAGAAAUAGCAACCGCUAACAAUUUAGCCAAGGAAACUUUUUGGCAACAAACUAUCUCUGGUCUAGAAAAGCAAAUAAAUCUGCUCAAAUUAAAUAUCGAAAAUUACCUACAAGAAAUUAGUCAGUUGCAAAAAGAUUUUACUAAACUUCAGACUAAUUUAACUCAGUUAUAUGAAUUACAAAAGGAGCUGGGACAAUUGCAGUUAGAGAAAAAGAUAGAAGAUAAUGCUGAAUUAGAGAAAUUGAGAAAAGAAUUCGCUAACCAGAAUGAAGAAAGCGAUGAGGAAGUUGAGUCUCCUAAUGAAAAUUACCCCCAAGAAGAAAGAGAAAAUACCAAAGAAUUACACAUCAGCAAAAACCUAGAAGGAGAACUAGAUUUAUCAGAAUUUACUAAUUUAAAAAAGAUUUAUAUUUCUUAUUUUGUGGAUGAAGACGAGUUGGAAAUAAAAGAUAAAGGAAAAUAUGAAGAUAAAUUUGUUAAAUUAGUAAAUGCUCAGGAGUAUUUGGAAAAAUAUUUAGAGGAGAAGUAUCCUGGGAAAGAGAAAAGCGAAAUAACCGGGACAUUAUAUAUUAAUGAUAAAAACUUGGAGGAUGAUUUAAAAAUUGAAGGUUUUUCUAGUUUAGAAAAAUUGGAUUGUAAUAAAAAUAAACUCACUAGUUUAGAAAUAAUUGGCUGUCCAAGAUUAAAAAUGCUUCAUUGUGGUUUUAAUCAACUAGGUAGUUUAGACUUAACUAAUUGUGAAAAGUUAGAAGAACUUAAUUGUACUAACAAUAAACUUGCCAGCCUGGACUUGAGUAAUUUAACUAGUUUAAAAAAAUUCCAUUGCCAAAAUAAUUUUUUAACUGAUAUAGACUAUUCAGUUCUAAACUCAGAAGAGUUGAUUGAACUAAAAAUAGGAAAUAAUAACCUCUCUGAACAAGAUUUAGAAGAAUUUAGCGGCUUUACUAAUCUACAAGUUUUGUGGAUAGGUAAUAAUAGCGACUAUGAUAACAAAAUAGAUGAAAACAAGUAUAACCGUUUUGUUGGUAGUUUAAAGCCGUUAGAAAAAUUGACCAAGUUGAGGGAGUUAGAGAUUAGCAAUACUGAUAUAGAUUCAGGUUUAGAAUAUUUGCCUGAGAGUGUGAAAACUCUGAAAUGUGAGGUUGUAUCCGAUGAGUUCCAAACUGAAAAAAAAAAAGAGAAGAAUGAAAAAAUAAAUUGUUUGCUAGCAGGGAAAUUAGUGAACAAAAGAAAAGACAUUACAAAGUUGGACAUAAGUGGUAAGAGUCUAGAAGGUUUAUUAAAAUUAAACGGUUUUGUUGGUUUGAAAGAACUAAAUUGUUCUAAUAAUAAGUUGACUGGUUUAGAUUUAAGUUUCUGUUCAAAGUUGUCUAGAAUUCAAUGUUCUUCCAAUGAACUAAAUGAUAAUAAAUUUUUAGUUAAUUUGCCUAAUCUUCAGAACUUAAUAUACUUAGACAUUAGUGAUAAUAAUUUUCAGCCGCAAAAUCUAUCUUUUCUAGAAAAGUUAACAAAUUUAGAAGAACUACGCUUAGGAACAUCUAAAAAAGAAAGAGUGAGGGGGGACAAGUAUAAUCGCUUGACAAGUUCUUUAGAGUCUUUAAAAAGCAUGAAAAAGUUAAAAAUUUUAGACAUUAGCAAUACCGAUAUUGAAAAUGGUCUAGACUCUUUACCCAAAAAUGUAGAAGAAAUUUACUGUUCUACUAAGGAAAGACCAGAAAGCAGAGUGGGCAAUAUAAGUAAUUUGCUAAAAGAGAAAAAGUCCGAUUUUGCUUUUAUUGAUGAAACUGAACUAAACAUCGGCAAAAAAUUACUUGAGGGUCACUUAAGUUUAAAAGGUUUCAAUAAUUUAGAAAGGCUUUAUUGUCACGAUAAUUAUCUAACUGACAUCAAUUCACUAUUAUCUGAGUUAAAUCCAGAAAAACUAAAAUCAUUAAGCCUGUAUGAUAACAAUUUUUCAGAAAGUGAUUUAGAACCUUUUAGUGAAUUUGUUAAUUUAGAAGUGUUGAUCAUCUCCGGUAACCUUUUUAGAGAGGAUCAUGAACAAGACAUUGCUAACCGUUUUGUUGGGUCGCUUCAACCGUUGCAAAAAUUAAUCGGACUAAAACCAGGAGCUAAAGUAGAAGCAAUCUCUGCCCAACUUCGUGAUUAUGGAUCAGAUGAAAGGGAAAAAAUAAAAAAGUUGAAUAUUGUUAGCAAAGGUUUAGAAGGCUCUUUAAACACAAGCAGUUUCAAGGAUUUAACAGAUUUAAAUUGUUCAAAAAAUAAACUAACUAGUCUAGAUAUUAAUGAUUGUUUAAAUUUAAAAGUGCUUAACUGCGAGAAUAAUCAAAUUACCAAGUUGGAUUUAACUGGACUAAAUGAACUAGAAAAUCUUUCUUGUAAUGAUAACCUUAUCAAAGAAUUCGAUGCUGCUUGCUUAAAUCCAGAAAAACUUACUAAUUUAAGCCUAAAAAAUAAUUUUUUAUCGGAACAAAAUAUAUCAGUUUUUAGUAAAUUUACUAAAUUAAAAGAAUUGUCAAUUGGCAAUGACAAUAAAGAGAAGAUUGAUGAGGGAAUAUAUAAUCGCUUUGUUGGUUCUCUAAAUUCCUUAAAAGAUCUAACCAAGUUAGAAAGUUUACAUAUUUCCAAUACUGAUAUUAAUGAAGUAGAUAUUGAAAAGUUGCCCAAAAGUUUGAAAGUAAAUGGAACUUAUUGUUCUGCCACAGAAAGGCCAGAAAAUAAGGUAAAAGAUAUUCAGGAGAAGUUGUAUAAUUAUCUUACUAAGAAAAGAUUGAAUGAAAUGUAUCCUGACAGGUCUGCCAAAGCACUAGACAAUCUUCGUUAUGAAGAACUAAAAGGCCAUUUAGACUUGAGUGAGUAUAGGAGUUUGGAGGAAUUAAAUUGCAGUAAUAACCAGUUGACUAGUUUAGAUAUAAGUAAGAAUACUAAACUCAAAAAAAUUAAUUGUUCUAAUAAUCAGUUUACAACUCUAAAUCUUGAGAACUUACCUAGUUUGACUGAAUUCAACUGCAGCAAUAAUGACAAAUUAACUGAAGUGCAAGGCAUUGAGGAUUGCAAUGAAUUAGUCUCUCUGGACUCUGAAAACAAUAGUUUUCCAGGUGAGACAAAAAAAAUGUUAGAAAAAUUAAAAAGUGCAAUCGAGUUUACUGAAAAUAAGGGCAAAAAAAGAAGGGAUAUUAAAGAAUUGGAUAUUAGUGGUGAAGAAUUAACUGGUGAAUUGAAUUUAAAAGGCUUUGAUUCAUUAAAACACUUAAUCUGUCGUGAUAACCAGUUAAUAAGCAUUGACUUAAGUGAGUGCAAGGAAUUAGAAAUUAUUGAUUGUAGAAGAAAUAAAUUAAAAAAGAUAAAAUUUAGCGAUGCUUAUCCUUUGAAACUAAAAAAAUUUCGUGGAUCUGACAAUGCAUUUAAAAAGUUAAAAAGUAUCAUUAGCAACAUAGACACUGAAAAUUUAACCUACUUCGACGUUAGCAACAAUGAAAUUUCCGGUGGUAAGUUAAAUGAUUUCGCUGAAUUUAAAAAUUUAAAAAGUCUGUUUAUUGGUAGUAAUGAUGGAGAUAAAAGUAAUAAGUUUACUGGCUCUUUAGAAGAUUUAAAAGAACUAAAUGAACUUCUUGAAAUUGAUAUUCGCCAAAAAGUAUAUUAUGUAACCAAAAAAGAAAAUAAAGCCAACACUGAGGGUGAGAAGGAUGGAAAAAGAGGCAAUUUUUCUAAAGAUGGCGAGCAAAAAAAUGAUAAUGAACGUUAUUAUGUUAAAGAAAAUAAUUUCUAUGAUAUCAAAAAUUUGCGGAGUAGCAAAAUAUCUGACGGUGCCGAAGUAAAAGUAAUAUUAAAAACUCCACUUUUAUCGGAGGACAAAAAGCAUAAAAUAGGUGUAACUAAAGAUAGUUACGAAUUUAAAGAAGAGUUGUCAUUAAGUGAUUUACCGCUUAGGCUUUGUCAUAUUAGUGGUAAGGCAUUUGAGCUUUUCUCGAUCAAAAAAUAUUUUGAGAAAAAUGGUAUAGAAUCAGUUAGUUUUAAAGAUAAAGUUUUGACAGUUGAUUAUGAUGGUAAAGAAAAAAAGACAUUUUCUGGUGAAGACAUUAGUAAAGAAUUACAGGAAAUUAAAAAUUAUCUACAAAAAAAUAGAGAAGAAACUAUUAGAAAGCGAGUGCUUGAUUAUAACAAAGAAACAGAAAUAGCAAUAAAAAAAAGAGUGGACCCAGAAAAUGCCGAAAAAAGAUUAAGUCCAGGCGGAAUAAAAUCUCUAGACAAGGCUAUUAAAACAUUGAGGGUACUUAAUGAAUUUCAUGGUUUAAGCAUAAAAGGUAAUACUAAAGAGAAAGGUCAUGAAGUUUCUAAGAUGAGGGAUUAUUAUGGUAAUGCCACGGUAACUUUGAUAGCAAUACACGCUGAGGUUGGUGAGAAAAAUAUCAGAGACCUGUUAAAAUCUUUUGACAAAGGAGAAAGUGGACUUAUUUAUCCUAAUGAAAUAAUCAAAAACUCUUUACCUAUUUUAGAAAAAAUAAUUGGCUCUGAGUGA